AUGGAGUCUUCUGGACUUUUGAGCAUCCUGGUGCUAUCCAUCUUUCUAGUGAAUGUCCAGGGACGUGGUCUGACUGACUGGUUCUUUCCCAAGAGAUGCCCCAGAAUCCAAGAUAACUGUGAAUUCAAAGAAAGGGAUGAAUGUUCAAAGGACAAAAAAUGUCCAAGGCAUGAGAAGUGUUGCUUCUUCAGCUGCGGAAGAAAAUGCUUAAACCUCCAACAGGUCUCCCUGCAGACAUAUGCAGUAUGCCCAAAGAACCUGGUCCCUGCCUGGCUUUUUUCCAUCGUUGGUGGUAUGAUAAGACAAAUAAUACCUGCUCCAGCUCCAUCUAUGGCGGCUGCAAAGGAAACAAUAACAACUUCCAAUCCCAAGCCAUAUGCCAGAGCACCUGCCCCCCAAAAAGGCUCUAAUUUCUGAAUGCAUAAGGAUACCUUGGAGCCACCACCAGGAUUUGGCUCAGGACCCAAGCAAGGCUCUCUCUGUGUGCCUGAUAAACACUCCAGGCUGGCUUCCACUCCUCCACUCCCAGUGUUCCAGCGCCUUAGCUCUUCCCCAGACUGAACCCUGGGAUCUCUCUCCCCUUUCUCCAUCUCAGCCUCUUUUUAGACAUAAUAUCCUUCUGUUUUGAUCCCAUCUCUAUGCUUCCUUCCUUUGUGUCCAACUUCUAGAACCCCUUGUUUGUACCUGUGUAGCUCCCAUUUUCCCCAAUAAAACACUCUGUUUAGUCCUGUGCCUCUGAGACUGAAUAAUUCA